AUGAUGCUAUGUUUGACAAUUAUUCUCCUUUCAUGUGUUCUCGUGGAUACUCGUUAUUCAUUGUAUUGUACUGAUUCGCGACAAACUUUCUACCCUACAUUCGAUUGUUUAUAUGCUUAUACGGUUGUUGGCGAAAAGCAAGAUGGUGCACCUUACAUUCGUAAUUAUCAUUUGACAGCUUAUUGUAGAAGGCCCAAUUUUGCUGAAGAAAAGGAUAAUUUAAGUAUGCAAGAUAAAACUAAAAUAAAGCCAAUCACAUUCAGAGAAUUAAAUCAACAAAAGGUGACAAGUGAACAAUUACUUAUGUGGUCAGCGCCUAUAGAUAUUGCAGAAAGGUACGAAAUUAAUAGUACAACUUCAGAGGCUUUUUAUAAUUGUUCACCGCCAUGGUUUGGUUCUGUGUGCCAAUACAAAUUUCCAUAUGAUUUUUUUUCAACAUUCAGUGAUAUUGUUAAUGCAACCUUCACCAGUCGCUUACCAAAUGCAGGUAAUGUCACUAAUGGAACAUGUUAUCGAUUUUUAGCUAAUUGUAAUCAUUCAUUGUGGCCUUUAUGUCUUGACUGGCGUGAAAUUUGUGAUGGAAAAGCUGAUUGUAAAGAUGCAAGUGAUGAACAAUGGUGUGAACAAUUAGAAAUGAGCCAAUGUACUGAUGAUGAAUAUCGAUGUCAUUACGGUGGGCAAUGCAUUCCACGAACAUUUCAUAGAGAUAAUCCCUACAGUGUCGAUUGUUUAGACGGUAGUGAUGAGAAAGAACAGUUUCUAAUGUUUACUAGAAUGUUCAAUGCGCGUUGUGUACAGAUUUCAACAUUUAUAUGCGAAGAACGUAUCGGUCGAUUUCCUCGCACAUUUCAAUGUGGCGAUGGCCAAUAUCUUUAUGAAGCUAGUUUACCAAGUUAUUCAGUUUCUUGUGCAAAUCAACGAGACAAGGAAAUAUCUCGAAUUUUAUUUACUUCGUUAGAUCACAUAUCACAAUUGAGUUGUCAACAAGCAUUCUAUUGUGCACUUCAAUGCAGUCAACACAACGGUAACGUAGAAAAAGAACAGAAAUGUCGAAUGGUUUCAAAUUUAACAUAA